AUGUUACCAGCAUUAUUAGUAUUUAAAGACCCCAAUAUGUCGGAAACAACGAAUUCAAUAAUUUACAAAAAUGUAAGUAAGCCAGAGGAGUUGAAGAAUCUGGGCGUGAAUGCGGUACUAAUACAGCUUACAGCAGCAAACUGCGGCUCAUACAAGAACCUCACUCAAUUCAUCAACGAAUAUUCAACCAAUAAAGAAAUCUACGUGGUCCUUCUUGAUCUGUCACAGACAAACGAACUGUUGAAGCGAAUUAUGAUCCAAUUCAGUGUCAGAAGACUGCCAUUUCUGCUCUACACCACCGUGGACCUGGAACCAAUUGACAUGAUUUGUGGAUUCAACGAAGAAAAGGUCUCAAAUUUGUUAGAGAGCUAUGACAAGCAGUUUGUUCCUACACCUGAAUUCUAA